AUGCAGCUGGCACUGGCACAGCGCAGGGCAUUCCCUAUUAUGACCAGGUGGGAUCCAGGCCUCGUGCAGGCAAAGCAUGAGAACAUCAUUGCGUACUACAAUCACUUCAUGGAUAACACCACGCUGCUGAUCGAGCUGGAGUACUGUAAUGGAGGGAACCUCUACGAUAAGAUUCUGCGACAGAAAGACAAGUUAUUUGAAGAAGAGAUGGUGAUUUGGUAUCUCUUUCAAAUUGUAUCAGCUGUGAGCUGCAUUCAUCGAGCAGGAAUUCUUCACAGAGAUAUAAAGACAUUAAAUAUCUUUCUAACCAAGGCAAACCUGAUUAAAUUAGGAGACUAUGGGUUGGCAAAGAAGCUGAACUCUGAGUACUCUAUGGCUGAAACUCUUGUGGGAACACCAUACUACAUGUCCCCAGAACUCUGCCAGGGGGUGAAAUACAACUUCAAAUCAGAUAUUUGGGCUGUGGGCUGUGUCAUCUUUGAACUUCUCACUCUGAAGAGGACCUUUGAUGCUACAAACCCCCUGAACCUUUGUGUGAAGAUUGUGCAGGGGAAUCGGGCCAUGGAGGUUGAUUCCACUAUCUAUUCUCGGGAGCUGAUCCAGAUGGUCAAUUCCUGCCUUGAUCAGGAUCCGGAGAGGAGACCUACUGCAGACGAACUGCUUGAACAACCUCUGCUCAGCAAGCGUAGGAGGGAAAUGGAAGAGAAAGUCACACUGCUUAAUGGGCCAAACAAGCGACCAAGGUCAAGUGCCAUGAAUGAGGCGCCCAUUGCAGUCGUGACUUCACGCACUAGCGAGGUGUAUGUCUGGGGGGGUGGCAAGUCCACCCCCCAGAAGCUGGAUGCCAUCAAAAGUGGCUGCAGUGCACGCCAGGUGUGUGCUGGUAACACUCACUUUGCUGUGGUGACAGUGGAGAAGGAGCUCUACACCUGGGUGAACAUGCAGGGGGGUACCAAGUUACAUGGGCAGCUGGGACAUGGAGAUAAAGCCUCCUACCGGCAGCCAAAGCAUGUGGAGAAGCUGCAGGGAAAAGCCAUUCGCCAGGUGUCCUGUGGGGAUGACUUCACAGUCUGCAUCACAGAUGAGGGCCAGGUGUAUGCCUUUGGCUCUGACUAUUACGGAUGUAUUGGCAUCGACAAAGCUCAAGGCUCUGAAGUGCUUGAGCCCCUGCAGUUGGAUUUUUUCCUUACCAACCCUGUGGAGCAGGUCUCAUGCGGAGAUAACCAUGUGGCAGUGCUGACCAGGAACAGAGAAGUCUACACGUGGGGCUGUGGGGAGUAUGGACGCUUGGGCUUGGAUUCAGAAGAAGAUCACUACACCCCUCAGAAGGUGGAUGUUCCAAAGACAUUAAACAUCGUGUCUGUUCACUGUGGCUGUGAUGGGACUUUCCUGCUCACCCAAACAGGCAAAGUUUUGGCAUGUGGACUCAACGAGUUCAACAAGUUGGGCUUGAAUCAGUGCACAUCAGGGAUAAUUAACCAUGAUACAUACUGUGAAGUGCCCUACACCACUUCCCUCACUUUGGCCAAGCAGCUCUCCUUCUACAAGAUCCGUACCAUUUCUCCAGGGAAGACCCACACAGCUUCUAUUGAUGAGCGAGGCCGCCUGCUCACCUUCGGCUCCAACAAGUGCGGACAGCUUGGCGUUGGGGACUAUAAGAAGCGCCUGGGAAUUAACCUGCUGGGAGGCCCCUUGGGGGGUAAGCAGGUGAUCAGAGUGUCGUGUGGAGAUGAAUUCACCAUAGCUGCUACUGAUGAUAAUCAUAUCUUUGCAUGGGGCAAUGGUGGGAAUGGGCGACUGGCAAUGAUACCAACCGAGAGAGCUCACAGCUCAGAUAUUUGUACCUCAUGGCCUCGGCCAAUAUUUGGAUCUCUGCAUCAUGUCCCUGACUUGUCGUGUCGUGGCUGGCACACCAUCAUCAUUGUGGAAAAGGUGCUGAACUCUAAAACCAUUCGAUCCAACAGCAGUGGCCUGUCCAUUGGCACUGUGGCUCAGAGCUGUACCACUGGAGGAGGAGAAGAGGAGGAAAAUGAAGGGGAAGCAGAGACUCCUGAUCCCAGUGGAGGGUUUCGAGGAACCAUGGAAGCAGAUCGUGGAAUGGGAGGCUGGAUCAGUGCUACAGAAGCGAAGGGGAGUGACAUUUCUGACAGCAGCUCCUGCCCUGGGUGGCUGCGCAAGGAGCUGGAGAAUGCUGAAUUCAUCCCUAUGCCUGACAGCCCCUUUCCUCUGAGCAUGGCAUCCUCGGAGCCUGAAAAGGAGACUCUUCCUUACCAGGAACUUCAAGGACUAAAAGUGGCCCCCGAGGAAUCUACUGGAUUCAACAAGCCCAAAACAGAGGCCUGGGUAACGUUAUUUAGGUUUCCCACAGUGAAUGCUUGGCAAAAAUAUCCUGGGACCGUAAAACAGCAGUGUAUGAAUUAUGGGGAGAGCUCGGAGGGGGGUGUUGGAUUGGCCUUAUUCUUCUGGAUGAGGAAAAGAGGAGUGUUGAUAAUCAAAGAUGAUAUAGCAAAUACUGUGAAGAGAAUGAUUCAAGGCAGUCUAGAACGUGAGGCAGGAGGCUGUGCCCUGCAAGCAGAAGUGGCCCAUCUCCGGGGCCUGGUCUUGCAGUGUCUGGAUGAGCAGAAGAAGCUGCAGCAGGAAACCGUUCGUCUGAGCACCCAGCUCCAGAGGUUCUGCAGCGGGACGGAGGGAGUGCAGUGGGUGGAAGUUCAUUCCAAAGGAACCCAGACAGCCAAAGAGGAGAUGGAAGUAGAUCCAAAACCUGACUUGGAUUCAGAUUCCUGGUGUCUCCUGGGAACGGACUCGUGCCGCUCCAGCCUCUAG